AUGUUGAUACCUAACGUCACUUGGCUGGACUUAUGCCUUGCUGGCAUCGGAGCAUACCUGGUCAAGCAGGUGUUGAACAAGAAUCUUACACCAUAUCCUCCCGGCCCCCGUGGGUGGCCUCUCGUUGGGAACAUCCAAGACAUACCUCAAAUCAAGCCUUGGCUCACCUUUGCGGAGUGGGGAAAGAAGUAUGGUGCUAUCUCGCAUGUUGAGAUCCUGGGUCAGCACAUCAUCGUACUAAAUUCAGUCAAGAGUGCGGUGGACAUGUUAGACAAGAAAGGUGCUGUUUACUCUGACCGUCCUGUUCUACCUAUGGGUGGCGAACUUGUUGGCUGGAAAUCCACUUUGGUUCUUCUUCCGUAUGGUGACCUCUGUCGCCAGCAGCGCAAGAACAUACACCAAACCAUGGGCAAUCGCGCCACCUUGGAAAUCUACCACCCAAUCGAGGAGAUUGAAUUUCACCGAUUCCUGAAGCGUGUGUUUUUGAACCCCGAGCAACUGCAAGCUCAUAUUCAACACACCGCUGGUGCUAUCAUUCUGCGAAUCUCUCACGGUUAUGAGGUGAAGGAGAAUAACGAUCCAUUUAUCGACCUCGUGGACCGCGCCAUGGACCAAUUCUUGCGGUGUACUACUCCCGGCGCGUUCAUGGUUGACAUCAUGCCAUCAUUGGCCAACGUCCCCGAGUGGUUCCCCGGUGCUGGCUUUAAACGCUUAGCGCGUGAAUGGUCCAAGACUCGCGAGGAUAUGGCUGCCAUACCCUACAAGUUCGUUAAAGAUCAGAUGGCUGCUGGCACUGCCCUGACGUCUUUCACCUCGAAUUUGUUGGUGGGCCGUUCUUUAUCUGCGGAAGAGGAUGACAUGGUGAUGUGGUCUGCUGCAACCCUAUACGCUGCUGGUUCCGAGACGACAGUUUCUACAAUCUACUCAUUUUUCCUUGCUAUGACACUGUUCCCUGAUGUGCAGAAGAAGGCCCAGGCUGAAAUAGACGCCGUUGUUGGUCCUGAUCGUCUUCCCUCCUUCGCAGAUCGCGACUCUCUUCCUUAUACUGAGGCCCUUGUGAAAGAAGUUUUUCGCUGGAGUGUUGUCGGCCCUACCGGUAUGUAUCCCCAUCGCGUUACCGAGGACGAUAUCCAUGACGGGUACCACAUCCCAAAAGGUUCCCUGGUAAUACCUAACAUUUGGUUCAUGCUUAAUGACCCGCAGACAUAUGCUAAUCCCUCGCAAUUCAACCCUGAACGCUUCUUGGACAAUAACGGAAAAGAUCCUGAACCCGAACCUCGCACGAUCUGCUUUGGUUUUGGUAGACGUAUCUGCCCCGGUCUCCACCUCGCUGAUGCCUCUGUCUGGAUAUCCACUGUGAUGUCACUCGCAGUGUUUGAUAUCUCCAAGGUAGUCCAGAAAGGUGUUAAGAUCACCCCUGAAGUUGACCAUACAUCAAGCACGAUCAGUCACCCCAAGCCGUUCAAGUGCUCUAUUAAGCCUCGUUCCACAAAAGCCGUUGCGCUUAUUCAACAGGAUGCUAACUACUAA